UCAUUUGCAAGCCCAGUGGAUUUGCUAUAUGCACACACAACUAAGUUUCAUAACAAAACAAGGCCGUUGCGCUAUAGUUUUUUUUUAAUCCAUUUUGAGCACACACGGUUUCCCGCGGAUGCUGUCCUAUGUGCUUUAAAUAUAUCUUUAGUCUUUUCUCUCUCCGAAAGCUCCGGGAUAUGUCGACAGGCGGAGGCGUUUCUUCUUCCACCCAAAGCCUCCCCAAGUUGGGAUCCCACUGACGCGCUAUGACAUGAAGCAGGAACACACUUGUGGACGUCACUGAAGUUGCCAAUAGGAGGACGACUCCAUUGAAUUUUCCCACUGAACUGAUCUCUAACGAGCCACCUCGCUAAGGCAACACAGGCCUGCUGUUAUCUCUUGACACCUGUGAAACACUACUGCAAUCAUGCAGACCUCAUCGCUCCGCCGGCAAAUGAAAAACAUGGUCAACAACUACACGGAGGCCGAGAUCAAGGUCCGAGAGGCCACCUCCAAUGAUCCCUGGGGUCCUCCCAGCUCGCUCAUGUCUGAAAUUGCAGACCUGACCUUCAAUGUACUUGCUUUCACUGAGGUCAUGGGUAUGAUCUGGAAGCGGCUCAACGAUCACGGUAAAAACUGGCGGCAUGUUUAUAAGGCACUGACCCUGCUGGACUACCUGAUCAAAACAGGCUCUGAGCGUGUGGCCAAUGAGUGCCGGGAGAACAUAUACACCAUCCAGACGCUGAGAGACUUCCAGUACAUAGAUCGAGAUGGACGUGACCAAGGUGUCAAUGUCCGGGAGAAGGCCAAGCACCUGGUGGCUCUGCUGAGGAACGAGGAAAAGCUGAAGAAGGAGAGGAGUCAGGCACUAAAAACUAAGACGCGCAUGACGGGGGUCACCAGCAGCUUAGGCUCUGGAUCCCUGCCUCCUCCAUACCCGGGACGUCGCACUAGCCAGCCCAGCUCGGCCAGGGUCCACGGAGAUGAGUUUGGCACGUGCAGAGGCUCCCCAUCCUCCUUUCACUCCCCCUCUUCCUCUCCUCGAGUUGCUCCAGACUUGGAGCAAGCUCGGCCCACGACAAGCGGAGAAGAGGAGCUGCAGCUGCAGCUGGCCCUGGCUAUGAGCCGAGAAGAAAGUGAAAAGCCACCUCCUACAGUGGAUAUCGAUGAACAGACCCAGCUCCAGAUCGCUAUGACUCUCAGCAAGGAGGAGGCCCAUAAGCCAGUCCAACGUGCACCUCCCGCAGUGGAUAUGGAUGAGGAAACCCAGCUCCAGUUAGCCCUGAGCCUGAGCAAGGAGGAGCACCAGCAGGAACAACUCAGUCGCCAAGGGGACGAGUCAAUGCUCCAGAAAGCUCUGGAGGAGAGCAAACUUGAGAUGGAUUCUAAAGGCGGGACCGCCUUCAUGGACCUGGUAGAUGUUUUUGCAGUGCCCUCAGAUCCGCCUCCGGGCAACCAACAAUGGAAUAAUGCCCCACACCAGGCAGCUGCUUGUCUGGGGGUCGCAGAGCACUGGGACACCCUGGAAGGCAGCACCAACACCUCGAGAGCGGAUCCUCCCUGGAUGGCACCGCCACCUUCCAUCAGCCCUCCUCCACCGUGGGAGCCCCCACUCGAACACUGGGAUGACUCGGGGCAGCACAGUGUCUCCAACCUCAACGCCACAGGCCGCGUGUGGGCCUUCCCUGCUGACACAGCCUCCCCAGGAGCUGAUCCUUUUUCAGCCCCAUCAGAAAGAGCAGCACUCAAGAGAGCUGUCAAGAAACCGUCUUCCCGAACUGGAAGCCCCUCAGAUGGAGAUCUGUUUGAUGAGGCCAUGGAUGGAGGUCAGAUGAAUGUAAAUGGGCGAGGGGGGGGCAGCCCUGAGCUAUUUGACCUGUAUCGUCUUGGAGAAAGCCUGACUGCCCCCAGCCCUCGAACAUGCCGGACACCUGAGGCCUUCCUGGACCCCACAGCGGCUUCCUUGGUAAACCUGGACACUUUGAUCCCAGCAAAUCCUCCACCCAAGACAAAGAACCCCUUUCUAUCAGGCCUGAGUGCUCCUUCACCCACCAAUCCAUUCCAAGCUGAGCAGCCCAAACUAACUUUGAAUCAAAUGGGCUCCACCUCUUUGGCUCCCCACGCUACUACUCUUCCAUACAGUGCCUCCUUGCCCCUGCCUAUGAGCCACCAGCCUGCCAGCCUCCCUUCAUCACUUACUCACCCCACCCAGCCCGGUCUGGGCCUGCCAGGGAACCUCCCUGAGCCAUUGUUGCCCUUCUCUUCAACCAGCACAGAUGGGUCACAAGCUGCAGAGAGCAGUCAGAACCCUUUCUUAUGAGGACCAACUAAAUUGGAGAAUAAGGGGAAUGCCAUUAGGUUAUGCUCUUGAAAUAUAACUGGCAUAACCCGCAGGCCCAAGGACAAGGAAGAAAACCCUAUUCUUAGCUGUUUUUAUAUUGUGGUAUAAUACAGUAAUCCUUAGAUUGAUGCAAGCUGGUUCUGCUUUUCACUGCAAUAGUCUGUCCUGCUGUUCUUGUCAGUAAUGCAGAAACAGGGCACAAAACAGAUAACACCUUUAUAACAGAGACUAUUACAGUAGUGUCAUGUAAAACUUCUUUCAACCAUAGCCUAUUGCGAAUAGACUUCAGAUGCAAAUGUACACAAAAGCACAGUUUGAUAAUAUUUUGUUGUUACUUCACUUAGCCAUAACAAGGCAAAUGUAUUACAAGCUUUUCAAGUAGUCAAUAAGUCUUCUGCACUCUCAACUGUUUGUGUGAUUGGCUUAGCUGGCCACUGCUGCUGUCAUAUACUGCUCCAGAGAAAAACUGAUUUCCGAUAAGAGGCUACAGUAGGGGACAUGUCCAGUUCUUGAAAUGUUGCUGCAUCAUGCAACAUGGAUAACUUAGGGAGGUUUCUGUUGGACCAGAACUGAAGAGAAGCAUUGGUGUAUACGUGAUUUCAAAAUAGUCAAAUAAAUUGCUGGGGUUAACUGAAUGAAGUUAAAGUUGGGGAGGACUGUAAGUGCGUCUGAAUUUAUUAUACACAAGGCGACAUUAGAAAAUGUAUGAAUCCUGAGUUUUAUUCAUUGCUUGUGAACCACAGACUCAUCAAAUAUAAGGGUAUAAUUACAAUGCUGCUUCAUUCUUCA